CAAGCGAGACACACACACACACACACACACACACACACACACACACACACAAAAAAGGUCAGGCUCUCGGGACUCUCGAGGGGGGGAAAUCGGGUAACGAUCACGCAGCGAUUCACGCCUUUAAAUCCCGCGUUUAACCCGGCACGGCACGGCUCGGCUAGAGGAAGGGCACCCUUCAUGUGUGGAAGGGAAACGCGAGAGCCCUAAAAGCGGAAGGCGCUCGCGAGGAAAUGGGGAAAGAGCGAUUUUGUUAUGGCUUUUAUUUAUUUGUUGCAGAUGUGCUGAUUGGACAUCGGCGACGCGCACGUGAACUUGACCUAAUUCGGGGAGCUGCUAAUAACAUUGGCCUCAUUAUUGUUAUUAAUAUGAAUAGUAAUGAUAACGGUGGAUUUACACUUGACAGAGCCGUCGUGGUCACAAUGCUUAUACUCUCUGAAACUUUGGAUGCACAGUUGUUAUUGAAUAAUACAUGUAUGUCGGCGGAUCGCUUGGGACUGCUCGUGUGCUCGUGCUCGUGGCUUGAUGCGCGUGGAAAUGCGGUGACAUUUAAACGCGUGUGAGGCCCAAUAAUAUAUUGUUUAAAUAACACGUUGGGGCUCUUUUCUCCAGGAGGGAAUCAGUCUGUUGGAACGUUUUAAAUUAAUCAUAACCGGCUGUCAACAAUAUGACGUCACCCGAAAAAAGGAAAUACAACACAUCCCAGGGCUGUAUGAAUAUAUUAAGCUUAUUUACAUGUGCACGAGCCUCGUGUGGCUGCACCGCGUGCACAUGGCAGACUCCCAUAGGGCAACUUUAACACUUUAAGACAUCUGUGAUGUUGACUAUGUGUAUACCCCCAUAUGCACCCACGUGGUGUAACAGGCCCUAUCCUGUGAGGUUCCUGCACGUGACGUGCACUCGACCCACUGAAUGACAGGCGAUGUAAAUGUCAACACCUUUCCUAAAGUAAAAGAUUCUCUUAAUGAUUGUCACGCCUCCUUCUUUUUAUCUUCCAGGAGAGAGGAGAGAAGAGGAGAGAAGAGGGGAUCAUCUCUCGCCCCCGAAGGACUCAACGAUGCCGUCCAACACCGUCGCCAACACCGUCACCAAAGGCCCCGACGAUGCCGAUUCACCUGGAAACAGAGCGGGUGAAACCACGAUGUCGGUAACGGACCCGAUGAAGGAGGAGAAGUCGGCUAGAAGCGCCUCCUCUUGUAAAGCGGGCGCUCCGGGGAGGAAGCGUCAGCCGUCUCCAGCCGAGAGCGGCGGCGCUCUCAAAGGCCACGGCGCCGUGGGGAGGCCGGCCCACAACGGCGAGGCGGUCGCCCACAGAGACGGGACGCCGCCCGCCGCCCGCUUCCCCAAACACGAGAAGAGGGACGCGGAGAACAGCCUCCCCCCCGGGCUCCUCCCCCCCGGGCUCCUCCCCCCCGGGUACCCAUCCUCCCGGGGUCGGAGCCCGAGCCCAAGCCCAAGUCUGAGUCCGUCCCCGGAGAACGAAUUCCUGCUCGGUCACGGGGACUCGGAGAGAGAGAAGGACGACGGCUCGAUGACCCCCUGCAAAAAGAGAGGGAGGCGGAAACUGGAGCGCCCGACGAAAUAUGUGGAGCACAAGGAGGAGGACCGGCGCGAUGCAGUCAAGACCGAGCUUAAACAGGGAGGUCGAGGCAGGAGGGGAGUUGAAAUCGGCCUCCGUCAGAGGCCCAUGCCCAGAAUAACCUUCCAGGCUGGUGACCCUCAUUUCAUUAGCAAGAGGACCAGAGAGGAAUGGCUGGCCAAGUGGAAGAUGGAGGCAGAACAAAAGUCCAAUCUGAUGUCGGCGAUGAACACGAUGAAAGACCCCGAGGAGAACGAAGCGGAGACUCGGAUGGAAGACGUCUCGGUGAUCAAGCACCCGUCACCUGUGAAGCAGCAGCAGGCGCACGCUCAGUCGCAGCCUCAGCAUCAACAGCAAUCGCAGUCGUCCCUGCCACAACAACAACCACAACAACAACAACAACAGCAGCAUCAGCAGCUUCCGCCUCAGCAGCCGACUGACCCCGCCUCCCCCACCGUGGACACGACCCCGGAGCCUGUCGCCAUCGGAGGGGGAGACAAGACGUCCCCCAAGCCGGCAGACACGGAGCCCGAGUACGAGGACGGUCGUGGUUUUGGCAUCGGCGAGCUGGUUUGGGGAAAGCUGCGCGGGUUCUCGUGGUGGCCGGGCCGCGUCGUCUCCUGGUGGAUGACGAGGCGGAGCCGAGCUGCAGACGGGACCCGGUGGGUCAUGUGGUUUGGAGACGGAAAAUUCUCCGUGGUUUGUGUAGAGAAGCUCAUGCCUUUAAGUUCCUUCGAUAACGCCUUUCACCAACCGACCUACAACAAGCAGCCCAUGUACAAGAAGGCCAUCUACGAGGUGCUGCAGGCGGCCAGCAGCCGGGCAGGAAAGGCCUUCGUCUCUCCCCCCGACAGUGACGAGACAAAAAGCUCCAAAUCUGUAGAAAUGCUGAACAAGCAGAUGAUCGACUGGGCGAAGACCGGAUUCCAACCCGCUGGACCGAAGGCCUUAGAGCCUCCGGAAGAGGAGCGUAACCCGUACAAAGAGGUGUACCCUGAGAUGUGGGCGGAGCCUGAAGCGGCGGCGUACACGCCUCCUCCUCCGGCCAAGAAGCCUCGCAAGAGCGCAGCGGAGAAACCCAAGGUCAAGGAAAUCAUUGACGAGAGGACGCGAGAACGGCUCGUUCAAGAAGUGAGACAAAAGUGCCGCAGCCUAGAGGACAUCUGCAUCUCCUGUGGAAGUCUGAACGUGAGCCUGGAGCACCCGCUGUUUGCAGGAGGAAUGUGCCAGAGCUGUAAGAACUGCUUCCUCGAAUGCGGUUACCAAUACGACGACGACGGGUACCAGUCGUACUGCACCAUCUGCUGCGGGGGCCGAGAGGUGCUCAUGUGCGGGAACAACAACUGCUGUCGGUGUUUCUGCGUAGAGUGUGUGGACCUCCUUGUGGGUCCGGGCGCCGCCCACCUGGCCAUCAACGAGGACCCGUGGAACUGCUUCAUGUGCGGCCAGACGGACGUGUUCGGCCUCCUGCGGCGCCGCCCGGACUGGCCCAACCGGCUGCAGCACUUCUUCGCCAACAACCACGACCAGGACUUUGAUGCACCAAAGCUUUACCCCCCGGUCAUGGUGGAGAAGAGGAACGCCAUUCGUGUUCUGUCGCUAUUUGACGGCAUAGCAACAGGGCUGCUGGUGCUGAAGGAACUGGGCAUCCGGGUGGAUCGCUACAUCGCUUCCGAAGUGUGCGAGGACUCCAUCACGGUGGGCAUUGUGCGGCAUCAGGGGCGCAUCAUGUACGUCGGAGACGUGAGGAACGUCACGCGCAAGCACAUACAGGAGUGGGGGCCCUUUGACCUUGUCAUCGGUGGCAGCCCAUGCAACGACCUCUCCAUCGUCAACCCGGCCAGGAAAGGCCUUUUCGAGGGCACCGGUCGCCUGUUCUUUGAGUUCUACAGGCUGCUGCACGAGGCCCGGCCCAAGGAGGGCGAAAACCGUCCGUUCUUCUGGCUCUUUGAGAACGUGGUGGCGAUGGGCGUCAGCGACAAGAGGGACAUAUCUCGCUUUUUAGAGUGCAACCCGGUGAUGAUCGAUGCCAAGGAAGUGUCCGCCGCCCACCGCGCCCGCUACUUCUGGGGGAACCUCCCUGGCAUGAACAGGCCCCUGAGUGCCAUGUACAACGACAGGUUGGACCUGCAGGACUGUCUCGAACACGGCAGAACAGCGAAGUUCGGCAAGGUGAGGACCAUCACCACCAGGUCCAACUCCAUCAAGCAGGGCAAGGACCAGCACUUCCCUGUGUACAUGAACGAGAAGGAGGACAUCUUGUGGUGCACCGAGAUGGAGAGGAUCUUCGGCUUCCCGGUCCACUACACGGACGUGUCCAACAUGAGCCGGCUGGCCAGGCAGCGGCUGCUCGGCCGGUCGUGGAGCGUCCCGGUGAUCCGACACCUGUUUGCGCCGCUCAAGGAAUACUUUGCCUGCACUUGAGCGACAGGGGGGGGGGGGGGGAGAAAAACGACGCUCGGAAAUUUUUUUUAGGAAAAACCACAAUUUAGAGCCUCGAUCCUUUGAAUUGUACCCCUCCCCCGCCCCCGCCAGCGGAAACCAUCGGCGUAGAUUUCACAUGAUUUCCCAUGUUUGAAUUGUAAUUCUUUUCUAUUUAAUUUUUCUAUUUGUCAUUUUUACCUUUUUAGCAGUGUUAUCAAGUGAUGUUUUUUUUCUUUUCUUCGUGCAAGCUAUACUUGAGGACCGAGUGCUUUCUUCUCGUGACACGGGGGGAUGGGGGGGGUUCCGCCGUGUGACGUCGAGAUUCACUACCUGCAGAGCGGCGGCCAUGCUUCCUGCAGGUGUGGAAAAGGGGCGGGGCUAAUUCCCCUCAGUGUCAAGAGAGCUGCGUCUCUUUAAGAAUUCCCAAAACACACCAGAUCCCAUAAUAUACCUCUUUGUUUACAGUUUCUACACAACAACUGAAGGUGAUAACGGUACUACUGUAAUAUGGUUACAACGCCAUGGUGCUUCGAAGGUGACGAGAAACAUCGUGCGCCCGUGUGGAGACUUUAGACUCUUUUUUUAAAACCUGAAAAAACUACAAAUGUGGGCUUGACGUUGAGAAAGAAAAACAAAAGUAUGUUCCGGGUUGCAGAAAUAGAGCGUUUUGCUCUUUUUCUGUGCAUUGCGCAGCUUACUGGUGCUCGUUUAAUAUCUCUCAGGCUCAGCACAAAACAAAUCUGCACAAAACUACAGCCACAUGGGCGAUGAUGUUUCCCGCUCAUUCAAAACUUAAGAUCAACGUCUGUGAAGCUAUUUUUUUUGUUUUGUUAUUGUCGACGUUUCAUCCCGAUGAUAUGAUGAUAUUUACUGUACACAAGUCGGUGUGGUCGCCGGAGGGAGGGGAGGGCGACCGGGCCGGGUAACUUCAACACCUCGUCAACUUCCACCUCAUCUAAAACUGUCGGGUGCAAAUCCUCAACAAUAUGGUGCGGCUUCACAAAGUUCUUCUACCUUUUCUUUUUUUAUAGCAACUUUGUGCUGUUUUAUCAACAUUACAAAGCACUUUCAAAAAAGAAAAUUAUAUAUAUAUAUAUAUAUAUAUAUAUAUAUAUAUGUAUAUUCUCUUUUUUUAAAUUAUUGAUAUUUUAAAAAAAAAUUUGGUUCUUGUGAAUUGUUUUUUAUUUUAAUUUAAAUUUGUUCAUGAUGUGAACUGAUCUACACUUGUGUAAUACUUGUUGUAUCCAGUAGGGCUGUGCCAAUAGAAGUCAAAGAAUGGAUUUUGAUAUGUGAAACCCAUGUUAUUUGAUCCCUUUUUUCCCUUCCUCCCAUCAUCAUUCAUACUGUCCGCUGUUACCGAGGCAGUGUGAGACCUCUCCACAUUCAAAGAUUGUCUAUAUACUUUAAGAUCUCAAAUGUAAGAACAGAGUUUAGGGCUCUACGUCGUCAUGUUGACACGUUUUUUAAGUGCCGAUCCAAAUUUGGAUUCACUAAUUUAAAAAAUAUCUUGAUUGUAACCUAAACAAAUACUUUUAAAGAGUAAAAAAAGGUUAAAAGCGACAGAUGUUAUCGCUUGUCUAUAUCGUAUUUAAGAUUCUAAAUUUGGGAAAAUUAAAUUUCUUAAUGUAAUUAAUUUCUUAAGUGACCUUAUCGCCAUAAUGUCUGUCCACGCACACCGAUGUCAUCCCCCUCCCCCCCACACCCCCUCCUCCUAUAAUACUUAUAUCACACUUAACAUCACCUUGUGUUUGUACAUAAAGUUUUUUCCGGUUGCUGUUUUCAAUUAGUUUUUUUAUCUUUCUUUUUUUUUAACAAAUAUAAUUCUUUGCUAAUAUAUAUCAUCGAAUUAGGGGGAAAAUAUUUAGGUUUUCAAAAUAAUUUUAUUUUUUUAGACCAAGUGACAAAUUUGAUUAAAACUUGCUUUUCUGAGCAUUAGAUGUCGGGGGAAGACUUCAAGUCGACUACUUUAUCGUACUGAUUGGUUUUAAUGUCAUGUGAUCUUAAUGGUGGCCUGGACAGCUUUAAGAUGAACUUCACUGCACAGCCCUACACGCUGGUGUUCCUUCUGUUUCCUUUUGUAAGACUUUCACAAAAAAAGAUUGUCGGUAUUUUCUGAUGGUGCUAAAACUUUUUUUUAAUUAUUCGAACGAGAAAAAUAUAUUUGAUUGAAAGAGAAAUAAUGUCUCGACGACCACGACUGUUUUUAAGUUCCUGAGAACUAUUAUUUCACUCGUAUAAAAUAUAUUAACAAAGGCGGUUUUUUUCUAAACUUUGUACUUGAAAAAAAAAAAAGGAUAACAAAUAAUGAAAAGGAUUUCCUUAUAUAUAUAAAUAUAUAUAUUGUUUUAGACUAGAGAUUGCUGUAGUUGGUGCUUUGUGUGAGGAAAAAAGACAAAAAAUUUACUUUUACUGUAGCAUAACGCUUGAUACGCAUCGCUUUCCUAAUCCUAGAUUCCAUGCCGUAAUAUUCUCCAUGUCUGUGUCUUCGAAAUGUCGUUUUUGAACUUUUUUUCUAUAUCAGAAAAUAACCUUUUGAGUUUCUCUGUUCGAUAUAAUUCUAUAUGUUCGGUGAUACCGUGUGACUUUUUUUUAUGUCAUAACUGUUUUAUGGCCAAUACGCUUUUUUCCCCUCAAGACCAGUUCGUACACAGCAGAUGUAGCAGUCAUUCUCCACGUUGACCUUUGACCCCCCCUCCUCCCUCCCCCUCCACCCCUCGCAUUCUUCAGUGUCCAGAGAGAAGAUAGAGUAUGUACUUGUGCUGGAGAACACUUGAAUAAAUGUAUUGUUUUUGUGCAAAAAGGUC